AUGCCUCGACCAGGGAGGAACACGUACAGCGAACAGAAACCUCCCUAUUCCUACAUCUCCCUCACCGCCAUGGCCAUCCAGUCCUGCCCGGAGAAGAUGCUCCCUCUCAGCGAGAUCUACAAGUUCAUCAUGGACAGGUUCCCUUACUACAGAGAGAACACCCAGCGGUGGCAGAACUCCUUACGACACAACCUGUCCUUCAACGACUGUUUCAUCAAGAUCCCGCGGCGUCCGGACCAGCCCGGGAAGGGAAGCUUCUGGGCUCUGCACCCCAGCUGCGGGGACAUGUUCGAGAACGGGAGUUUCUUGCGUCGCCGAAAACGGUUCAAGGUGAUGAUGAUCAUGGCGGCGCAGGAGCACCUGGCUCAGUCCAAGCUGUCUGACGCGGCCCAUUACCUCCAACAGCAGUCUAAGCUCAGGCUUAGCGCCCUGGCUGCCACCAGCACACACCUCCCUCAGAUCUCCAGCUAUAACUUGGGAGUGUCGCAGCCAUCAACUUUUAAACACCCAUUUGCUAUAGAGAACAUCAUCGCCAGAGAGUACAAGGUGCCUGGGAGUCAGUCCGUGUCUGCAGGCUACCCGCUGCACAACCCGCUGACUGCGGCCUGGCCUCACAUGUACAACACUAUGGUGGACUCUGUUUCUCCUAUCUCUAUGAGCGGUGACUACGUGGCCUACCGCAUGCCCCUUAAAUCAAUGUGUCACGGAGGACAGACCCUACCGGCCAUCCCAGUGCCCAUCAAACCCACCCCGACCCCGGUGGCUCUCCCGGGGGUGCUAACGCCCCACAUCCCCGCCUUCCUCUCCAACUCUUACCAGUCUCAGAGCCCCACGUCCCCGCAGGCAGCCACCAGCAAAAGCAGCCCCUCCACUCCCGGGGAGACUCACACCAACCCCACGGUGCAGUCCGUGGUGGUGCAUUGA